GCUGUCGCGCAAGACAGUCGUGCUCCAAUUAUUUAUCAAAAACUUUAAAAUAUACAGUAACAAAUAGAUAUUUAUAACCUUGUAGGAAAGCGACAUUAUUAACUACAAUCAUGGGAAUAAAGAAGAAAAAGGAACCAACACCGGAACCGGAAUACAAAUUGUCCUACUUUCAAAUAUUCCGAUAUGCAACUUGUACGGAGGCAUUGGCGACUAUCACUGGCAUCCUGCUGGGUCUGCUGAGUGGAGGCGGUGUGUGCUACAACCUCGUACAGUUCGGGGAGCUUAGCACAUCAUUCGUCGAAAGGACAGCCAACCAAGACCAACUCUCCAGCUAUCUACCAUUGACAACAUUGUUUGGUGGUGGGAGACGACUGUUUAACGCAUCACAUGAAGAGAAUAUGGAAGCUUUAGUAGAAGAUGCGAAAGCGAUGUGUAUCGGAAUGUUUGUCUCUAUAGGCAUCUCACUUAUAUUCUGCAUCUUUUCUGUUGGACUUCUCAGUUGGAGUGCUUUAAGACAAAUAACAAGAAUACGAAUGUUGUUCUUGGAGGCGGUACUACGACAAGACAUGUCAUGGUUCGACACUGACUCCGAAUUCAACUUAGCCUCAAAGAUGUCCGAAAAUAUGAUGAAGCUCAAAGAAGGCAUGGGCGAGAAACUCGGAGUUGUUGCUAAUCUCGUGGGCACCGCCAUAUUGUGCCUUUGCCAAUCGUUUCCAAUGGGCUGGGAAUUAACCCUGGCUUGCAUCACUGUUGUGCCUUUCUCUAUCACAGCUUCCAUCAUUUUAUCAAACUAUCAAACGAAGUCAUCAAUUAGAGAGAUGAACGCUUACAGUCAAGCUGGAAAACAAGCGGAAGAAGUCUUAAAAUCUGUAAGGACUAUUGUAGCAUUUGGCGGAGAAACCAAGGAAGUUGAGAGAUAUCGACGUUUACUCGAGCCCGCCGAACGCUAUGGGCGCAAGAGGGGAUUAUACACAGGUUUGGGAACUGGCUUCAAUUGGGUACUUACCUAUUCAUUGAAUGCGAUAGGCCUCACAUACGGCGCCCGACUUAUCCUCAUCGAUUGGGAAAAACCUACUGACGAUAGGAAGUAUCUUGUCGGAGUUGUAUUCAGUAUUCUAUUCAGCGUAUAUAUGGCUACUCAGUCCAUAACGUUCUGUGUGCCUCACGCGGAAGUAUUCGCUGCGGCCAGGGGAGCUGCGGCCAGCAUCUUUAAGCUGCUAGACAGAGAGCCGACCAUAGACAGCCUGGAUAAGGGAGGUCUCAUGCCACGACGAGUUUUAGGAGACAUCAAAUUUGAUGACGUCCACUUCAGCUAUCCAUCUCGACCUAACGUUAAGGUUCUCCAAGGAUUCUCCCUAAACAUAAAAGCGGGUGAAUGCGUCGCGCUUGUUGGCUCCUCGGGUUGCGGCAAGAGCACUAUAUUACAGCUAUUGCAGAGACUGUACGACCCACUGCUGGGGACAGUCAAACUAGACGGAAAGAAUGUUAAGAGUUUGAAUCUGGGAUGGCUCAGAUCUAGUUUAGGUGUUGUCGGUCAGGAACCAGUGCUGUUCCGAGGGACAAUAUACGAAAAUAUUGCUAUCGGUAUUCCUGAAGCGACCAGGGAGGAGGUUCAAAGAGUUGCAGAGAUGGCGUAUGCUCAUGAGUUCAUUACUCAUCUCCCUAAUGGUUACGACACAGUGAUUGGUGAAAGAGGUGCUUCGCUAUCUGGCGGACAGAAGCAGAGGAUAGCGAUAGCGAGGUCACUCCUUCGCGAGCCGGCCGUGCUACUACUGGACGAAGCGACGUCCGCCCUCGACCCGCAUUCUGAGCGGCAAGUACAAGCAGCGCUGGACCGAGCAAGCGCCGGUCGAACUACUAUCAUGGUUUCACACAGGUUAUCAACGAUUGUAAACGCUGACCGCAUCAUAUGCAUGGAUCAGGGAGCUAUCGUUGAACAGGGGACACACGAAGAACUUAUGAAAGUGAAAGGUUUCUAUCACAAAUUGGUAACGACUGGGAACGAGAACAAAGAACCAGACGUUAUAGAGAUUUUGCCUGAAGAAAGCGACGGCGUCGUGGAAAAUGGAGAUGCAGCUUUGGUGCCGAGAGUUGAUGUGAAACGUAGAUCUACACGACGAUUGCACAGACAUCAUUCGAUUAAACGAGAAUCUCAUGACUGGAUGACACCACGUGGUUCAAUAAGUUCUGUCAUAUCGACUGGCCUACAGAACAUCGUGUUCAACAGUGAAUACGAAUCUGAAGAUGAGGCGGAUAAUGACGAUGAAGAAAUCAAACCCGUCAGUGACUGGACACUUCUGAAGCUCAACGGAAAAGAAUGGCCGUACAUUGUGGUGGGCUCAAUCGCUGCGUUUGUUCAAGGCGCUUGCUUCCCAAUAUUUGCCCUCUUGUUCGGUUACACUGGUGGUAUAUUCGUUCUAAAAGAUCACAGUGAGAUUAUUUACCUGGCAGACUUCUAUUCGGGUAUGUUUGUGGUAGUGGCGGCCGUAGCUGGGGUUUCAAUGUUCCUUCAGAGUGCGACGUUCACUCAUGCUGGAUUGAAGAUGACAACGAGAUUGAGAUAUCAAUACUUUUCUGCUAUACUGAGACAGGAAAUUGGCUUUUUUGAUAAAGAGAAGAACACAGUCGGAGCGAUGUGCGCGAGGCUGAGUGGCGACGCGGCUGAGGUACAAGGAGCUACUGGGCUGAGGAUAGGCCUCAUUCUACAAGGCACCAGCUCCGUCGUUGUCGGAUUUAUAAUGGCAAUCUGUUACAACUGGAAGUUGACUCUAGUUGGAACCGCGUUCUUACCCCUUAUGGUGGGAAGCAUCUGGCUAGAAGGAAUUGUAUCGCAGAAAUCACAAACGGACGAGCGAGCGGCGAUGGAGUCUGCAACCGCAAUAGCAACUGAAGCAGUUGUUAGUAUAAAAACGGUCCAGAGCUUGGGAGUGGAAAAAACAUUUUUGAAGAAAUUCGAAGAGGGGUUGAUGGAAGCGGGUGCUGCUAUGACCAAGAAGACCAGAUGGCGUGGGCUGGUACUCGGUCUUGGUGUGUACGUGCCUUUCAUGUCGUAUUGCAGUGCGACAGUGUAUGGCGCAGUACUCGUCGCAUACGAGGGACUAGAGUACAAAAUUGUACUGCUGGUAAAUGAAGCUCUGAUGUACGGGGCUUACAUGUUAGGACAAUCUCUAGUAUAUGCUCCUAGCUUCAAUUCGGCCAAAGCUUGCGGUGCAAGAAUAUUAUCAGUAAUUUAUAGACAACCUAAAGUGAGAUCAGAGGAUGGUUUGAAGGAUAGGCGAGAUUGGACUGCAACUGGUAACUUUAGCAUCAAAGACGUAGAGUUUAGCUAUCCGACUAGACCCCACCAGCAAAUCCUUAAGGGCAUUGACCUUAAGGUCGAAGCUGGAAAAACUGUUGCAUUAGUUGGAUCAUCUGGGUGCGGCAAAUCUACCAUUUUACAAUUGAUGCAACGUUUCUAUGAUCCUGAUUCUGGUAAUAUUGAAUUGGAUAACCGUGAUAUCCGUAUGUCCCUAACACUACCGCGUCUUCGACGACAGUUGGGCGUGGUGCAACAAGAACCGGUUUUGUUUGAUCGUACCUUGGCGGAGAAUAUCGCUUACGGUGACAAUAAUCGUAAAGUUUCAAUGCAAGAAAUUAUAAGCGCUGCUAAAGCAGCUAACAUACACAGCUUCAUCGUUUCUCUACCUAAGGGCUAUGAUACAAACCUUGGCUCUAGCGGCGCCCAGCUGUCCGGGGGACAGAAGCAACGAGUGUGUAUCGCGAGGGCCCUGAUACGAUCCCCUCGACUCCUAUUGCUGGACGAGGCAACUUCAGCGCUAGAUGCUAACAGCGAGAAGGCUGUGUCUGAAGCAUUGGAAAAAGCUGCCAAAGGACGUACGUGUAUAACGAUCGCACAUCGUCUUUCGACUAUUAAGGAUUCGGACCUCAUCUGCGUUUUAGAUAAAGGUAAAAUCAUCGAGCGCGGAACUCACACGGAACUACUAAAUCUGAAAGGAUACUACUGGCGCAUGUCUAAAGGUCAACAAAUGACAUGA